UCAAAACUCUACCUGCUAUCCGACUUUUACAGCAUCAAAGUCCUUCCUAAUCAUUAUCACCAUCCAAAUUUCUUAUUACCUUUCUCUCACCUUCCAGGUCGUGGUGUAUUUCAAUUAGAGACUAAGGAGAGAGAGAGAGACCUACUUCUUGCACCAUCAACUGAUUACAUUACCGCGUAUACCCCCUUAUCACAUAACCCCUCAAUCAUGGCUUCAGAGCUGCGCUUCGACGGCCAGGUCGUCGUUGUCACCGGUGCUGGCGGUGGUCUCGGCAAGGCAUAUGCUACCUUCUUUGGCAGCAGGGGAGCCAGCGUUGUCGUCAACGACCUGGGCGGCUCCUUCAAGGGAGAGGGUACCUCUAGCAAGGCUGCCGAUGUCGUUGUAAAUGAGAUCAAGGCCGCGGGCGGCAAGGCUGUAGCCAACUACGACUCGGUCGAGAACGGUGACAAGAUCAUCGACACAGCAAUCCAGGCAUUCGGCCGCAUCGAUAUCUUAAUUAACAAUGCCGGUAUCCUCCGUGAUAUCAGCUUCAAGAACAUGUCGGACCAGGACUGGGACUUGAUCUUCAAGGUUCACGUCAAGGGCGCCUACAAGUGUGCACGAGCAGCAUGGCCUCACUUUAGGAAACAGAAGUACGGCCGUGUUAUCAACACUGCAUCAGCCGCCGGCCUGUUCGGUAACUUCGGUCAGUGCAACUACUCGGCUGCCAAGCUGGCCAUGGUUGGUUUCACCGAGACGCUCGCCAAGGAGGGCGUCAAGUACAACAUCCUCGCCAACGUCAUUGCUCCGAUUGCCGCAAGUCGCAUGACCGAGACUGUCAUGCCUCCUGACUUGUUGGCUUUGAUGAAGCCCGAGUGGGUUGUGCCCCUCGUUGCCGUCCUGGUCCACAAGAACAACACAAAUGAGACCGGUGGAAUCUUUGAAGUUGGAGGUGGCCACUGCGCCAAGCUCAGAUGGGAGCGCUCCAGUGGUCUUCUGCUUAAGUGUGACGAGACCUAUACACCUGGAGCCAUCAUCAAGAAGUGGAACCAGGUCGUCGACUUCUCAAACCCCCAGUACCCCACCGGCCCCAACGAUUUCCUCGGUUUGCUCGAGCAGUCGACGCAGCUGGGCCCUAACGACAAGGGAGAGCCCGUCGACUUCAAGGGUCGUGUUGCCCUUGUCACUGGCGGAGGUGCCGGCAUUGGCCGUGCCUACUGUUUGGCCUUCGCCAGGGGCGGUGCUUCUGUUGUCGUGAACGAUCUCGCCAACCCUGACGGAGUUGUCAACGAGAUUAAGCAGAUGGGCGGCAAAGCAAUUGGCGUCAAGGCCUCAGCAGAGGACGGUGACGCUGUGGUCAAGGCUGCAAUUGACGCCUUCGGCCGUAUUGACAUCAUCAUCAACAACGCUGGUAUCCUGAGGGACAAGGCCUUCACCAACAUGGACGACAACCUUUGGGACCCCGUCAUGAACGUGCAUGCCCGUGGAACCUACAAGAUCACCAAGGCUGCCUGGCCUUAUCUCCUCAAGCAGAAGUACGGCCGCAUUGUGAACACAACGUCCACAAGCGGUAUCUAUGGUAACUUUGGCCAGGCCAACUACUCGGCUGCUAAAUGUGCCAUUCUUGGAUUCUCGCGAGCCCUUGCUCUUGAGGGUGCCAAGUACAACAUCUUCGUCAACACCAUUGCUCCCAACGCCGGCACUGCCAUGACCAAGACCAUUCUUCCUGAGGAGCUCGUGCAGGCGUUCAAGCCAGACUACAUUGCACCUCUGGUUCUGGCCCUCUGCAGUGACAAGGUCCCCGAGGACCCCACUGGAGGUCUUUACGAGGUCGGAAGCGGCUGGCAAGGUGCCACCAGAUGGCAGCGCAGCGGUGGCCACGGCUUCCCAGUUGACGUGCCACUGACUCCUGAGGAGGUGGCCAAGAAUUGGGCUCGCAUUGUCAACUUUGACGACGGCAGGGCAGACCACCCGUCCAAGUCGCAGGACAGCGUUGCCAAGAUCAUGGAGAACAUGGACAACAAGGCAGGCAGCAAGAGCGGCUCGGAAUCCGGUAGCAACCAGUAUCUCGAAGCCAUCCAGAAGGCUAAGGACACCAAAACUGAGGGUACCGAGUUUGUCUACACUGAGAAAGACUCAAUCCUGUACAACCUGGGCAUCGGCGCCAAGAGGACAGACCUCAACUAUGUCUUUGAGGGAGCUGAGGACUUCCAGGUUUUGCCAACAUUUGGUGUCAUCCCCCAGUUCAACGCCGACAUGCCCUUCAGCAUGGACGAGGUUGUGCCCAACUUCAACCCCAUGAUGCUGCUUCACGGAGAGCAAUAUCUUGAAAUCAAGAAGUACCCCAUCCCCACCUCUGCCAAGCUCAAGUCGUACGGCAAGCUCCUCGAGGUGGUCGAUAAGGGCAACGCGGCCAUCCUCCGCAACGGUGUGACGACGGUGAUCGCCGAUACGGGCGAGGAGAUCUUCUACAACGAGGGCAGCAUCUUCCUGAGAGGCUGCGGCGGCUUCGGUGGACAGAAGAAGGCUCAGGACCGUGGCGCCAGCACGGCCGCCAACGUGCCGCCCAAGCGCUCGCCCGACGUGGUCGUCGAGGAGAAGACCAACGAGGAGCAGGCCUGCGUCUACCGCCUGAGCGGCGACUACAACCCGCUCCACGUCGACCCGCAGUUCGCCAAGAUGGGCGGCUUCCCCCAGCCAAUCCUGCACGGCCUCUGCUUCUUUGGCAUCUCUGGCAAGGCCGUCUACCAGCAGUUUGGCAAGAUCAAGAACAUCAAGGUCCGCUUCGCUGGUGUCGUCAUGCCCGGUCAGACUCUCGUGACCGAGAUGUGGAAGGAGGGUAACAAGAUCAUCUUCCAGACCAAGGUCAAGGAGACGGGCAAGUUGGCUAUUGGUGGUGCCGCGGCGGAGCUAUACUGAGUGUUUCGGGAUAGGAGAAAAGUGUUAAAUGCGAUGGUUUUUUUUUUCAUCACGAUCUUGUUUUGUAAUGUGAUUGUAGGAUCUGUAAACUGAAAUAACUGAAUGAUUCUCAUGUUCAUUUUACCUCUUCCUGCUCAACAACAUGAUGAACUUUUUUUUUUUUUUUUUUUUUUUUUUUUGCUACUUUGGAGGGAACGAACUUUUAAGUCUUGUGAAUACAUAUUUUCUUUCAUAUCCAGGGUAUAUCGACUGAUUGUCUUAUGUUAAUUCACCGUUUGAACGGGAACAGUGUGCAAGCCAAAAGAGAGGAGCAGAGCUAGUGACGAUUAAAUCAUCAAACAACGCCAGACGCAACUAAUGCAGACUGCCACACCCCUUGUGCUUUUCCUCCCCUCUUCUGGUAAAACAAGCUGUCACAGACAAGUUGAAAUACAUGUAGUAAUAGAAAAGCAAAGCAUAAUUAAAAUAGAAUAGAUAAAAGACGAGUAAGGAACUGAAAAAAAAAAAAAAGAAA